AUGAUCGCAGCAGGAGUCAAUGUCCAAGAGACCGAUGAAAAGCUAUGGAACUUUUUCCAGGCUUUAGAAAAUACAUUGUAUCCAUGGAUCCACACGAGCUUUAAAUCUGCCUUGGACAUCGCGAAUGCCACCAAUGGGUCGGGUAUUGUGUUUUGUGUUGGAAACAACCAUUAUGCACACGCAGUCACCUCAAUUAGAGCCAUUAGAGAAGUUCUAAACUCUCAGAUUCCGAUUGAGAUAUUUUACAUUGAUGAAAAAGACCUCUCGCCCGCAAACCGGGUGUACUUUGAAACGGAAUUCACCAAUGUCAAAACUGUGGAUAUUUCCAAAAUACUUGAUCCCAAAUGGACCAAACUCGGUGGCUGGGCCAUUAAGCCAUUCUCGAUGUUAGCGUCUAGCUUCACUGAGGUCAUCCUGAUAGAUGCAGAUGUUUUCUUUUUCCGAAAACCAGAAGACCUUUUCAGUGACCCUGCAUACCUUAAAACGGGUACAUUGUUCUUUUAUGACCGCACCAUACUUCCCAACUGGACAAAAGGGCGAGACUGGUUACUCUCCUUUUUACCAAGUUAUAGCACCCAGAUCUCGCGAUCCAGAUGGUGGAAUCUCACAUCGUCCCAUGAACAGGAAUCUGGGGUAGUAGUCAUUAACAAAUCCAAAUCGCUUCUCGGACUUCUAUCCUCUUGUAAGAUGAAUGCGAAGAAGGAGCGCGACGAAGUCACAUACAAGCAUGUUCAUGGCGACAAAGAAACAUUUUGGGUUGGGUACGAAAUGACUCAAACUCCAUAUGCAUUUAUUAGAUCAUAUGGAGCAGUUUUAGGUGGACUUGCCCGAGAAGGUGAUGCUAAUCGAGUAUGUGGAAAUCAGCUUCAUCUUGGUACAGACGGGCGACCUUUUUGGUGGAAUGGAGGCUUGGCUCGUGACAAAAACAAGCACGCUGACGAAUACACUGAGUAUACUCACUUUGCCACUGGAAACCGCUGGGAAUUCUCAACCAACUGCAUCGAAGAGACCGAUCAUGUCAACCACACAACUCCGGAAGAACAACAUAUUGUUGAGAGAUUUAUACAGCUUGAUGUCAUUAGAAAGCAGCAAGAAUCAAUGGCCAAAAACGGCUCAGUAGUUGAUCCAAAGUAA